GUGCGGGGUGCGGCCCCAGGUCCGGGAGCGAGGCUGGUCCCCCGCUGGCCGCCAGGCGUGGCGGUCCCGGCCCCGGGCCCCGGGCCCCAGGUGCGCUUCGCGCCCCCUCCCGCAGGAUCUUCCGGUCCCGUGUGCAGAGCGACAACCAGGAACUCGGACUCGGUCUCCACCCCGAAGUGGGGCGGGUCCGCCCGGGAUAAGACCGGCUGCCGGGCCCCGGGAAGGGUGUGAUCUACGCGGCCGCCGGGGACGAGCUCAACCCGGUCUCGGCGGGAGCGAGGAACUUCUGCUCGGGUGACUGAACUCUGAUCCUGGUAUAGAGAGAGUCACGGCCAUGGCAGCCAAAGGAGGCACCAUCAAAGCUGCUUCAGGAUUCAGUGCCACUGAAGAUGCCCAGACCCUGAGGAAGGCCAUGAAGGGGAUUGGCACCGACGAAGAUGCCAUCAUCAGCGUCCUCGCUUACCGCAACACGGCCCAGCGCCAGGAAAUCAGGACGGCCUACAAGACCACCAUCGGCAGGGACCUGAUGGAGGACUUGAAGUCGGAACUGAGUGGCAACUUCGAGCGGGUGAUCGUGGGGAUGAUGACGCCCACCGUGCUGUACGACGUGCAGGAGCUGCGGAGGGCCGUGAAGGGAGCUGGCACGGAUGAGGGCUGCCUGAUUGAGAUCCUGGCCUCCCGGACGCCCGAGGAGAUCCGGCGCAUAAACCAGACCUACCAGCUUCAGUAUGGGCGGAGCCUUGAAGAUGACAUUCGCUCUGACACUUCGUUCAUGUUCCAGAGGGUGCUGGUGUCUCUGUCCGCUGGUGGCAGGGAUGAAGGAAAUUAUCUGGAUGAUGCUCUCAUGAGACAGGAUGCUCAGGACCUGUAUGAGGCUGGAGAGAAGAAAUGGGGGACAGAUGAGGUGAAAUUUCUAACUGUUCUCUGUUCCCGGAACCGAAAUCAUCUGUUGCAUGUGUUUGAUGAAUACAAAAGGAUAUCACAGAAGGAUAUUGAGCAGAGUAUUAAAUCUGAAACAUCUGGUAGUUUUGAAGAUACUCUGCUGGCCAUAGUAAAGUGCAUGAGGAACAAAUCUGCAUAUUUUGCUGAAAGGCUUUAUAAAUCUAUGAAGGGCUUGGGCACCGAUGAUGAAACCCUCAUUAGAAUUAUGGUUUCUCGAGCAGAGAUUGAUAUGAUGGACAUCCGGGAAAACUUCAAGAGGCUCUAUGGAAAGUCUCUGUACUCCUUCAUCAAGGGAGACACAUCUGGAGACUACAGGAAGGUACUGCUUAUUCUGUGUGGAGGAGAUGAUUAAAAUAAAAUCCAAGAAGAAUAGGAGGAUUCCCAGUACUUUGAAUUUUUUUUUAAGUUCAUUUUUCUACACUACUAUUAGCAUUAUCUCAUUGCUCAUUUCCAACUAAAACGCCUACAGAUGCUUCCUAGGAUAUGGACUGGCUGUAUUAUUAUUCAUCUAUAAUUACUCAUUAUGAUGGCUUUAAAGCUGUACUUGCAUUUCAAAGCUUAUAAAACAGGAGAUUUAAAGUUAGAAAUAAAAAUGUAUUCCAUGUUUUUAACAGAUUUCUUCCUCAUCUGUGUUUCACAGAAAUUGGAAUGUAUUAAAUUUAUUUCAUGGUUUUGGUGAAAAACCAUUAAAGUGGAAGACUGAAAGACUGUCCUAAAAUCACUCUGCUUCCCUAAUUCCAUUCUCAAAGUGGCUAGUAAUUUCUUCAUUUGAAAUUGUGAGCAUUUAGUUCAUAAGAAUAUCCAAUUUGCUAUUUUACAUGGUCAUACUUUGAAGACAUCCAAUAAUCUCCUUUAUUUAGAUUUUGUCUAUACUGUUAGUUGAUCUCUACAAAAGUUUGCAUGGGAGACUUCCUUCCUCACAUCUUAUAUUAAGAUUAUUUACUCUUUCCAGGUUGAAGUAUACCAAAAUCAGCAACUUGUCUGAACAAAUUAAAUUCUUAGUGUGCUUAUACAGAUCACAUAUGUGCGGUUAACAAACAUAAAUGCUGAACAUUCCACAAUAUUAUGGUUAAUAUCUUAAUCUAGCUGGAAGAUGAAUGGAAAAAAAAUUAAGUGUCCAACCAGGUAUUAUUUUGGUGAUGGUGUAAUGUUCUGAAUUUACUUAAAGGAAUUUUUUUGUGCUAAAAAUAAUUUUUAAAAUGUUUUUCAAUUUUGUUGAUUUGUAGCAAUUUACAUUUGCAUUGUGCCUUUCAACUCUGAAAUUAUUCUGUAGUUGUACUUGAUUUUAUUCAAAAGUUCAGUUUGUAUACAACAUGGAAAAAUAAUUUUAAUAAAACAUGGUAUCUUUAAAAUGA